AUGGAGCCGAAAACGCCGGAGGAAAUAGCGAAGAAACUGUGGCACAUCGCGCGCGUGGUGUUCUUCAUGCUCCGGCGCGGGAUCUCCAAGAGCCGCAUCGCCGUCGACCUCGGCCUCCUCGCCAAGCGUGGCAACAAGCUCGCCGGCAAGGCCAUCGCCAACUUCCUCACCUUCAACGGCCUCGGCUUCCUCUUCGGGUGCCGGUCGAACGGCGCCGUUUCGUUCGUGUCCCCGCGGGAGUACGAGUUCAGCUGCAGCAACAGCCCCGCCGCCCUCAGCAGCUUCUACCCUUUCCACAAGCGCCGGAAGGCGGCGGCCAAGUACGACGACGCGGCGACGGUGGCGGCCGUGCAGAGGAUGCUGGAGAUGCUCAACCACAGCGAGGCCUCGGCGGCUGCGUCGCCGAUGAUGCCGGGGUUCGGGAGGAGUCCGGCGACGGUGAGGCAGCUGAGGAUCACGGACUCGCCGUUCCCGGUGAAGGACGUCGGCGGCGGCGACGGCGGGCAGGUGGACAGGGCGGCGGACGAGUUCAUCAGGAGGUUUUAUAAGGACUUGAAGUCGGAGAAAGCGACGGCGGCGAUGGAUCAAUCUCCUUCUCCUUACCACAGCUUAUGGGCCCGAUGA